AUGUCUGCUCUACAGUACGACAUCCCAGACGACGCGACAAUCAAAGCCAUGGUCGAGAGAAGAUACAACAUCAGACCAUGCAACUUUCAAAUUCAAUCUGCAAUUGAGCAGCUUAAGUGCAGAGAUGUCAUUACUGUUGCACCCACUGGAGCGGGAAAGACAUUGACGUUCUGGAUCCCUCUUCUAUUCACCAGCAAUGCGGUCAUGAUUGUUAUCACAGCUUUGAAUGGCCUUGGAGACCAGAAUGUCGAGGAGUUGAAUAUGCUUGUUCUUACCUGCAUUAAUGUCACUGGACAGAACGUGAGCGAUGAAUUAUUCAAAGAAAUCGAGGACCUACGUUACCGAGUGGUUAUAAUCAGUCCAGAGCUUGUCAUAUCUGACAAGCGUGUCGAGAAGUCAUUGUGGAAAUCGAAGAAGUUCAUCCCAUACUUAUUUAAUAUCACCAUCGAUGAAGGACAUUGCAUCAGUGAAUGGGGCAAAGAGUUCCGCCCAGAAUAUAGUCAACUUGCCACUAUGCCAUCGAGGAUCCUCAAGGACGUGAUGGCAACUCUGAAUAUGCGACACGAAAACAUUACAAAAAUCCGGCUAUCAAAUGAUCGUCCUAAUAUUCAUUUGGUUGUUAUUGAGAUGCAGUACUCCACAAAGAGUAUGCACGAUAUCAACCGCGUACUUCGGCUUGAGAAGGAGUUUCCUCCACCGAAGUUCUUGAUAUUCUGCAAUUCCCGGCGUGAGACGCAGCGGGUGGCCAUGUUCCUACGAGGUCAACUGUCCUCUGAUUUCCAGGAAAGGAUUGUGUGGUUUCACUCAGGAAUGACUGCAGAGUUCCGUGCAAGCACUCUUGAUAAGCUUCGAAAGGGAGAAGUAUGGGGCAUAUGCUGUACCGAUGCAGCAGGAAUGGGUUUGAAUAUCUCUGAUGCCAAUGAGGGCGAGGAAUGA